AUGUCUAUGUGUAAAGGAUGGCUUCGCGCCACUGAUGUCGCAGAAAGGGGCAGUCAGAAGUCUGCAGCAUGCGGGAUGCCGCCGCUGCCUUUAUGGUGUUGCGAUAGGAGACGCUGGGCGUGUCCGACACUGCACGCGUCACGAUCUUGCUGUCGCAAAAAUGUCAAUACACGUAGCAACAGGUGCUGCGCCGCUCCAAGGGAAGCGCUAGCCUCUCACUCACGACGAUCUCCUACCGCUGCUGCGGCUACUGCCGCUGCUGUUGUCGGCUGUGCACGGACAGAGCCAUCUAGGCACUUAAUGCACAAAGGCACAGAAAGCCCUGCAGAGGACUGUGCAGCGCCUGAAGCACUCACCACCCCACACAGGCAUACACACAAUACGAAGGCUGUUGCUGCAAAACGCCACCCACUGGAUGAAAACUCCGCAGAGGCAGAGCUUCCAGUGGCUGAUCGACUGAUUUUGGCUCAGGCUACGACCAGAGCUACCCAACCAGUGUAUGGUUUCGGCAGCAGUGCGUUCUCCGCAUUAGAUAGCACACAAGCCGUUGACGGCCAAGGUCCUGCAGCUGCACGCGUGCUUUCCGGCAAAGGGGCGGAGUGUGCGGCUGUUCCGUGGACUGCUGCCAUCGGUGCUACUGCAUCUGUAUCACUUUGGGCCCCAUGGUGCCCUAAGGGACGCAGCCAAUGCAGUGAAGUUCUUUUGGCUAAUCCUGCAGCUCAUUGGCUUAAAAGCCGCAGCAAAAUCGCGUCAUCAUCCAAUAAAAAGGCACACAUUAGUUGGAAUGCUAGGCCUUUUCGUGUAGCAGUAGCGGUAGGUACAUGGCCUCCUGCUGUGGCUGCUGCUGCCGCCGCCGAUGGACCGCUGCGGCCUAACCGGGACGGCCUUCCUUGGGAAAAGCUUGUAUCAGCCAGGCUGAUACAAGCUUUUAUUUCGCGUUCUGCUGCAGUUCCGAGAGUUGUAAGCCAAAAUCAAAAUUGGCGAUUGCACCGGCUGCAGCAAGCCACUGGCGCCAUCCGUUCCUCCCUGCGUUGUAGCGGUCUUCGCAACGCGUUUGAGGAGCUUAACAGCUGGGGAAGCGCCGCAGCUGCCUGUACGGCGCCAUUCACAGAAAUCGCAUACGCAGCCUCAGGAGAAACCACAGGGCCUACCCCCUAUCCUGAAAGCCCUCGCGCCGCAGCACCGAAAGCAUCGCCAGCAGGUGAGGCAGCUCCCACCCUGUAUGACGAGGAUGUUGAGCCAGCUUCAGUUCACGCGUUUCUGCAGGAGAAUGGCAGCAGUGCCCCCAGCGGCAGCGAUCGGGGGCAUCAGAUCGUGGCCUCCGUGGGGGAGCACACACCAGCCACGUUGCACGCCAUCUCCGCCUUGAUGUACGAAGAGCUUGAGCAUCGGCUGCACCGGCUGCAGCGAGUGCUGCUGCUGCACCCCGCGCAGCCCCUGCAUCCGCGGGAGCGGCAGCAGGAGGCCGUUGGCGGUGAGUCGUCUGAGACCAUCGCGAAGCUGCACGACGCAAUGGACCGUCUGUCCCUGCUUCAGCAGCAGCAGCACAAGCAGCAGGCUGCCCAACAAGGAUGGCAGAGCCGCAGCGGCUCUCUGGAAGGCGCUCUCCUGGCACACGCUGAAAAAGAGGCAACGACAGAGGACGAGGGCUCGGAGCAAGCAGAACCAGCGGAGGGGGAGUCUGAAAGAGGAUCCUUGAAUCAGGAUAAGCGUCGCACAAAUCUUUCGCGUUUUCUGGGUGUUCGCGAGGCACGUGGCCUCGGCAGUGAUCGCAGCCGCUCGAGUAGAAGUGGCAAUGGUAGUGGCAACGGCAGGGGGAAGAGGAGUCUCGCUGGUAUACCCCUGUUAAAAAUGCGUCUUGACGUCGAAUACGCGCUGAAGGAAUCUCUGACGACUGCUCGUUUCGCAGAGUCUCGCUGGAAGCGGCAGUCGGAGCUCUACAAGAUGAAGGGGAGCAGUCAUCACAGGGAGGGCUAUGUCCUCGCUGACGCUUGCGUUGCGGUGGAUUUUAGGCGAGCCGUUGCAUCAACGGAGGGUCAUGCAGAGGAGGCUGCGAAUGCCUCGAAGCGCCGCCCACUUGAGCUUUCGGAGGACGGCUUGGAGGAGGAGGGGGCGAUUUCUCAGGGUGUUCUUGUAGGCACUCCAGUUAGCGUGAAGAGGAGGUAUGACUCGGUGCGCAACAGCUGCACUUGCCCCUCAGGAUGGAAGCAGUGCAACAGGGAAGAGGCGCUCACCGUUUCCUACGGCUGGCGGCAGACGCUGCGGAGAGCCUGCAGAAAACGAGAUCAACAGCAAGAAAACGAACAGGAGCAGCUGCUCCUACAGGCCCUCACAAAAGACCUCUAUGCCUUUGACUGCAACGGGGAUCAGCUGGCUCCUUCAACUGAAACUGAUGCCGAAACAGCCUGCGCCGCUGCUGCUUUCAUCCUCUGCAGAGAAACGAACCCGAGUUGCGGCGUCAGCGAGUGGUCUGAAUGGUCAACAUGCUCCGCGCCUUGUGGAGAAGGCCAAACGUACCGGUACAGGCGUCUGCUGCUGCCGAUCGAAGAGGAUAAAGAGGCCCUCUCGCCCUCCACUGUCUCCAAGAGCUGCAGACCUUACCAUCUGGAGGAGAGAAGACAGUGCAGUGCCCCCGUGGCAUGUCCAGAGCUUGUCGCAUCAGAACCCUGCUUUUGGGCUUAUGCCAACUCCAAUUUGCCGCAGAGUGUUCACACCAAGAAAAGUUGCGUGUGCUCUCUUGAGGCUGAGGUGGAAGAAGUGUCGGAGACCUCUACGCUGCACGGGGAAGAAGGGGAAUCCGAACUUGUCGCGUGUUCGGCUGCGGAGGCCGCCUACAGCUUUUCUCAGUGGAGAGAGGACAUGCUGAGCUACUGCUUCAAGACUCUUAGACUGGCGAACAAGCCGAUAAAGAUUAUAAAAUACAGAAAGCGUGCAGGGUCAGUGCGCGUGGGGUUGGCGUCUUUGGGAUACGUAGACUGCACCGGUGGUUGGGGUUCUUUCGACGCCUCCUCAAUGGCGAACUUCUGCGGGAAGGGCCGUCCGAUGCUCUGCAGGCACGCUAGCAAGUCGAAGGCGGUCGCCUUGUAUGCUGUAGAUGGAUACGAGAAAGCCCCCGUAUCAGCCCUGCAGCAAACUUUAUCGUAUAUGCAUUCGCUGGAGGAGCCAGAAGGCCCAGUUGGCUCGUGGGCUGCUUUUUUGUUGGGGGCCUCCUUCGCUGCAUUGCUGUUGCUCUUCGCGUAUGUGCAAAAGCGGAAGCUCGCUGCCUGCUUUAAGCAGACAAUUCAGCCUACUGCCGCAGCAGUAGCAGCAGCGGCUGCAGCUGCUGCGCACGGCGCUGGCGACAAAAGGAACUGGGAGAGGACUACGAGAAACGUCGUGGCCUUCGCUUCCAGGGCUGCUGUUGUCAGCCCACUACCCGAGCCCGCAGCAGGAGGAGCAGCAGACUAA